AUGGCCCUGGACGGCGAGCGGGGGGAACAAGAGGAGGAGAAGAAAAAGAAGAAGAAGAAAAAGAAGAGGAAGAAGAAGGAGGAGGAGGAAGAGGAGGGGACCCAGAAGAGCAGCUCACCCUUCCCAGCCACGAUGGGGGAGGACAACGCCGCGCUCCGGGCCGGCGGCAGGGGGCUCUCGAACCAGUGGGCGGACUCGGUGGGGGUGCGCCCCCGCACCACGGAGCGCCACAUCACUGUGCACAAGCGGCUCGUGCUGGCCUUCGCCGUGUCCAUCGUGGCGCUGCUCGCGGUCACCAUGCUCGCCGUCCUGCUUAGCUUGCGCUUCGACGAGUGCGGGGCAAGCGCAGCGCCCGGCGCCGACGGCGGCCCCGCGGGCUUCCCAGCGCGCGGCGGCAACGCGAGCUUUCCGGGCUCAGCCCGGCGUAACCACCACGCGGGUGGGGACUCUUCGCCGCCCGAAGCCGGCGGGGAGGCCACCCCCGGGACCCCGUCCGCCCAGCCGCCGUUGGAGGAGGAGAGGGAGCAGUGGCAGCCCUGGACGGAGCUGCGCCUGUCCGGCCACCUCAAACCGUUGCACUACAAUCUGAUGCUCACCGCUUUCAUGGAGAACUUCACCUUCUCCGGGGAGGUCAACGUGGAAAUAGCGUGCAGGAACGCCACCCGCUACGUCGUGCUGCAUGCCUCCCGGGUGGCGGUCGAGAAGGUGCAGGUGGCCGAGGACCGGGCGGCCGGGGCUGUCCCAGUGGCCGGCUUUUUUCUCUACCCGCAAACCCAAGUCUUGGUAGUAGUUCUGAAUCGAACCUUGGACGCACAGAGGAAUUACAACCUGAAGAUCAUCUACAACGCCCUGAUUGAGAACGAGCUCCUGGGCUUCUUCCGUAGCUCCUAUCUGCUCCACGGGGAGAGAAGAUUCCUUGGUGUUACUCAAUUUUCGCCUACUCAUGCCAGAAAAGCAUUUCCUUGUUUUGAUGAGCCAAUCUACAAGGCUACUUUCAAAAUCAGCAUCAAGCAUCAAGCAACUUAUUUAUCUUUAUCUAAUAUGCCAGUGGAAACUUCCGUGUUUGAGGAAGAUGGAUGGGUUACAGAUCACUUUUCGCAGACCCCUCUCAUGUCUACAUACUACUUAGCCUGGGCAAUUUGCAACUUCACAUACAGAGAAACUGCCACCAAAAGUGGGGUCGUAGUACGAUUAUAUGCAAGACCUGAUGCCAUCAGAAGAGGAUCUGGGGACUAUGCUCUCCAUAUAACAAAGAGAUUAAUAGAAUUUUAUGAAGACUACUUUAAAGUGCCCUAUUCCUUGCCAAAACUAGAUCUUUUAGCUGUGCCUAAGCAUCCGUAUGCUGCUAUGGAGAACUGGGGACUAAGUAUUUUUGUGGAGCAAAGAAUACUACUGGAUCCCAGUGUUUCAUCUAUUUCUUACUUGCUGGAUGUCACCAUGGUCAUUGUUCAUGAAAUAUGUCACCAGUGGUUUGGUGAUCUUGUGACUCCUGUGUGGUGGGAAGAUGUGUGGCUGAAGGAAGGUUUUGCUCACUAUUUUGAAUUUGUUGGUACAGACUACCUCUACCCUGGAUGGAACAUGGAAAAACAGAGGUUCCUGACGGAUGUUCUGCAUGAAGUGAUGCUGCUUGACGGCUUGGCCAGUUCCCAUCCAGUAUCACAGGAAGUGCUGCAGGCAACAGAUAUUGACAGGGUGUUUGACUGGAUCGCAUAUAAAAAGGGUGCUGCCUUAAUUCGAAUGCUGGCUAAUUUUAUGGGCCAUUCAGUAUUUCAGAGAGGUUUGCAAGAUUAUUUAACUAUUCAUAAGUAUGGCAAUGCAGCCAGAAAUGAUCUCUGGAAUACACUAUCGGAGGCUUUAAAAAGGAAUGGAAAAUAUGUAAAUAUACAAGAAGUAAUGGAUCAGUGGACACUCCAGAUGGGCUAUCCUGUUAUCACUAUCAUGGGAAAUACAACAGCAGAAAAUAGGAUAAUAAUUACUCAACAACAUUUUAUUUAUGACAUCAGUGCUAAAACCAAAGCAUCUGAACUUCGAAAUAACAGUUGCCUGUGGCAGAUUCCAUUAACUAUUGUGGUAGGAAAUAGAAGCCAUGUGUCCUCAGAAGCAAUUAUUUGGGUGUCUAACAAAUCAGAGCACCACAGAAUAACUUUGGACAAAGGAAGCUGGUUGCUGGGGAACAUCAAUCAAACUGGCUACUUUAGGGUCAACUAUGACCUAAGGAAUUGGAGAUUAUUAAUUGACCAAUUAAUAAGGAACCAUAAGGUUCUCUCAGUCAGUAACAGAGCGGGUUUGAUUGACGACGCCUUCAGCCUAGCCAGAGCUGGCUGCUUGCCUCAGAAUAUCCCUCUGGAGAUUAUCAGAUACCUUUCUGAAGAGAAGGAUUUUCUCCCUUGGCAUGCUGCCAGCAGAGCUCUUUAUCCUCUAGAUAAAUUACUGGAUCGCAUGGAAAACUACAAUGUCUUCAAUGAAUAUAUUUUAAAGCAAGUUGCAACAACAUACAUCAAGCUUGGAUGGCCAAAAAAUAAUUUUAACGGAUCUCUUGUUCAAGCAUCCUACCAACAUGAAGAACUACGUAGAGAAGUCAUAAUGCUGGCAUGCAGUUUUGGCAACAAGCACUGUCACCAACAGGCAUCAACACUUAUUUCAGAUUGGAUUUCCAGCAACAGAAACAGAAUACCACUAAAUGUUAGAGACAUCGUCUACUGUACCGGAGUUUCACUCCUGGAUGAGGAUGUCUGGGAAUUCAUAUGGAUGAAAUUCCAUUCAACCACAGCAGUUUCUGAGAAGAAAAUAUUAUUGGAAGCCUUAACUUGCAGUGAUGACAGGAAUUUAUUAAAUAGGCUUCUGAAUCUGUCUCUGAAUUCUGAGGUGGUGCUGGAUCAAGAUGCAAUUGAUGUCAUAAUCCAUGUAGCUCGAAAUCCACAUGGCCGAGACCUUGCCUGGAAGUUUUUCAGGGAUAAAUGGAAGAUAUUAAAUACCAGGUAUGGAGAAGCAUUAUUUAUGAAUUCCAAACUUAUAAGUGGAGUUACAGAAUUUCUUAAUACUGAAGGUGAACUCAAGGAGCUAAAGAACUUUAUGAAGAACUAUGAUGGGGUAGCUGCCGCCUCUUUCUCACGAGCUGUGGAAACUGUAGAAGCCAAUGUGCACUGGAAAAUGCUUUAUCAAGAUGAACUUUUCCAAUGGCUAGGAAAAGCUCUGAGACACUAAGAUGUGUCUCACAAACAAUUCAACUCGGAAUUUUACGAGAAGACCCUUAUUAUGUGAAAUGAGAAAUAUGUGCUAUGUGAAAAAUGGCCAGAUUUUCAAAGUGUUAAUGUGUGGGAGGAAUUUUUGUUUUAUUUUGUUUGGGGGACUCUUUUGUUUCAUUCAUUCUGUUUUGUUGUUCUACUGGGCAUUCUUUUCUAAAGAAACUCUGACAAGUGAAACUAGCCACGAUUGCUUCAGCUGUACAUUACUCGCUAUACAGGACCACAUAUGAUAGCAGUGCAUGUUGAUGUUACAGUCAAUUUGGGAAAACCUAUUCAGAAUAUUUUGUGCAUGGUUGUAUGGUCCUGACUUCUUUCAGCAUGCUUAUUAAAACUGUCCAAUGUUGUAUGUGAAUAUAUGUUACAUCUAGGAUGGGCAUUAUGCAAAAGCACAAAAAAUUAUCAUGACGAUCAGUGUUGAAAUGAAGGAAAAUUAAAAAGGGGAAUUAUAUUCUCAAUAUAAUGUAAGAGAUAAAAUAGCCUUUUAAGUGAUGACACUGAUUUCAGCACUUGGAUUGUCUGGCAAUGAUUACUGUGUUGCUAACUCAUUUUCAUCGAUUUAAAACUGUGUGUCAACUUAAACAGGCAUAGAAAUGGUGUAUGCAUAUGGUUAUGUACAUAGGGAAUCCCCAUAUGUAUAUGGUAUGUUGUACACUGCACACGUGUAAGGAACCUCUUCAGAUCAGAGAAAAUUUAUCUCUUAUUAUAAACAUAUGCGUACUUUGAAAAGGGUUAAAAGAAUUGAUCUCAACUCUGUCCUUCCUAACAUUUUCCUGACUAAAUUUCUCAAGUAUAAUGGAUUUUUCAUCUCCUUCCUCAACAGUGGUCUCUUAUACCACGUGAAGAUGAAUUCAUGCUAAAUUUAUGUAUAAACUAAUCACUCUGCUAAUUAUCUUAAGUAAGUGGCAGUCUUGCAUCCUAAAUAUGGAUUCUGUCAUCAUUUUUAUCCUAUCACAUAAAACAAUUCUGUAAACUUAUAAUUAUCAGUGCUGAGAACGUGUUUAUUUUCCAUCUUGUUUGUUUUCCCAUCUCAUGUUGCAUGGUCCAGAGAGUUAAAAUCUCUCCCUCUGUAUUGGUCUUUGUGUCUAUAUUACUCUAAUCCUCCAUUAAGCAACCAUACCUCAAGUAGGUCUAUUAGUAUUUAAUGACCUUUUAUGCCAGUGGUGCCAUCCAUUAAGAUGAAAAGUGACUUUCUUUGUGUUAUCAUGAAAAACUUUUCUUUUGGCAUUGACAACUCUGUUCCACCUGGGAAUUUUGAAUAGCCUUUUUCAUGGCUGUAUGUUAAGUAACGUGUUUUUGAAAUGGUAUUCUCACCCAGUAGGCCAGCUCUCCAAAUGUUGCUUAAAUGUUCCCAAAUUAGCAUAUUUUAAAUUUACCACUGUAAAUUACCACUACCGCUACUGUUCAUAAGCCCAAUGUUUAUGGACCACUUCCUACUUUCAUGGGUUUUCCACUUCUACAAAUCUCCUUGCAAGCUGUUGAAACAAAUAUACUCUAAUAGUCACAGAAUACUGAAAAAUCAAUUAGAUAUUUUAGAAACUGGAGCCAUAGAUUUAUUGUAAGUUUGUAGGAAAGAGGUGCAAUUUCCUAAUUCAUAUAACAAAUACCACCUAAAAUGAAUUUUCUCCUUUUAGCAAUUAAUAUAUAUUAUCAAUAACCUGAAUGUCUCAGCACUUCACUGAAUUGAAACAGGAAUUUUAAGGGCUCCAUGUGGUGUUAACAAGGCAUGGUAUUGCUUAGUAUAAAAACUAAAAGUCAUCCACCUAUCCAAUUACUGCACAUCCCAUUUGUGAAAUCCUUAAGGGGUAAGUUCUGAGUCAUAAUAAUAACACAUUUCACACCGCCAUGCAGGUCUCAAACAUGUACUAUAUCACCAUUAGUUUCAUGAAACGGAAAAGAUGAAAAAUUAGAGGUGGAUGUCUUGUUCUGUGUCAUUAAUUAUGGAAAAUUCUUAGUAGUUGUGGCAUUCCUUGGAGUGAAAUUACCAUUUCCAACUUUGAUUUAGAAGGGAUUUUAUACUUCUUUUUUCCUCCCACUGUUAAUAAUCAUAUCUCUUCUUUCAUUAUUUUAGUGGCCUUGAGCAACUGGUUUCACUACAAUGUUGAAUUCUAAGUGUAUAAUUAUGUGCAUUGUUCAAUACCUCAUGUAAUAGUUGUUCUAGAGUAUAGUGGUAUCAAUGGCAUUGAGAUGGAAUUUUUGUUCUACAUAUAUUUCAAAAAUUCAUCCUUUCCAAUGUUGAAAAUUACA